AGUAAAAAUUGAUUGGUUUGAUGGAAAAUUGAAAAUCAUCGUCGUUGUUCAGACAUCAAAUUAAGAAUUCUCAAUUUAAUAUUUAUCCUACCUAAAUAUGUUUCAAGAAGCUCCUCCUUUAUGGCAAAAUGGUCCAGCUCCUGGAAGUUUCUAUAAUUUCCCAAAUACAACUUUUAAUAAUCUAGCUAAUUCUUCAGAUGCUAUUAAACACUCACAAUCUCCAGUAACUACAGCUACUUCAAUCGUUGCUCUAGUGUAUGACAAAGGAGUUAUUAUUGCUGGUGAUCUUUUGGGUUCAUAUGGAUCCUUAGCUCGUUACAGAAAUUGUCCUCGAGUAAUGCAAAUUAAUAGUAACAUCAUUUUGGGAGCUGGAGGAGAUUAUGGUGAUUUUCAAUAUGUAAAGGCUUUGAUUGAUCAAAAGAUUAUCAAUGAGGAGUGCCUUGAUGAUGGUGUAAAGUUAAAGCCCAAAUCACUCUAUUGUUGGUUGACCAGAAUUUUGUAUAAUAGACGAAGCAAAUUUGAUCCCUUCUGGAAUAAUUUUGUUGUUGGAGGAAUUCAGGACGGUACUCCAUUUUUGGGAACAGUUGAUAAACUUGGUACAGCUUAUGAAGAUAAAAUCAUCUGUACAGGUUAUGGUGCUCAUAUUGUCACCCCUAUGCUACGAGCAGCAAUGGAUAAGAAUCCAAAUAUAAAGAAAGAUGAAGCUAAGGCUUUAAUGCAUAAAGCUUUAGAAAUUUUAUUUUAUAGGGAUGCAAGAAGUUAUCCCAAAUACCAAGUUGCUACUAUUGAUGAAAUUGAAGGUGUACAAAUAGAUGGUCCCAUUGAUGUUGCUCAGAAUUGGCAAUUAGCUAAUCUGAUUCAUUGAAGCUGUUUUUAUAUUUGCUUUUUAUUUAAUAUCAAUAAAACAGUUUUUGUAUAUA